CCAAGGGCCAGGUGCAAAUGCGCCUGCGUGGCGGGGGGGGGCGUGUGCGCUAGUUACCAUAGUAACCCGAUGCGCUUGGUGCGGGCACUGACACACUGGCAUCCCCGAGGAUCUCUUUGAGGAGGGCGCUGCCACGCUUAGGGGCCUUCCCAUGGCUUCACAGGAGAGGGUGGACGCCGUGACCAAAGGAAACGGGUUCCGGCGCUGCCGUAAGCAGGUCGCUUACACGCCGGGGACCUGCGAGCUGCUCAGAGUGAUGAUGAAGGAAUCCAAACUGACCAACUUCCAGCAACGACACAUCAUGGAUACCAUGAAAAGAGGAGCCCCUCUGCCUCUGCAGUGCAAUCCCACAUCCAGCCAGAGGAGCUCGCCUUCCAAAAAGCCGGCUACAGCCACCUACCUGCCUCCCAUCCUGGCCACCCACUCCCACCUGCGGCCUGCAAGCAUGUGUCGAGCCAAUGGGGCAUACAGCCGUGAGCAAUUCAAGCCUCAGGCCACCAGAGAUCUGGAGAAGGAGAAACGAAGACUCCAAAAUAUCUUUGCCACUGGGAAGGACACAGAGGAACGGAAGAAGGCUCCCCAUGUGCGGCAAGAGGACCUACCUCCUGAGCUGGACCGGUUUGAAGAACAGACCAUGCGCUGCUGCCUGGGCCCCUGUGCACUCCCACUGCCCUGUGCACUGAUGGCCCUUCCCCUCUGUGCAGUGGUGAAGGAAAUCCAGGACAGGAAGGAAUUCUUGGCUGCCAUGGAGGCUCUGGGACAGGGCAAGCAAUACCGAGGAAUCAUCAUGGCUGAAAUCUCCCAGAAACUACGGGAAAUGGAGGACAUUGACCGCCGUAGGAGCGAGAAGCUUAGGAAGGCCCUUGCCACCACUUAAUCCAAGACCAGGGUGGGCCAGCCCAAUGCAACCACCAGAGCAGCACGACCACCAGAGCCCUCCUUCACUUCGCCAAGCGGUGCCAUCCCCAGGUCUGCCCACCCACGGGAGCCACACCAGACCACGGCGUGGCACUGUCUUGGAGCACAAGACCAGACACUGCCCGGGGAUGCAGAGGCCUCAGUGGUGCCCCUGAGCUGUGUCACAGCCACGGUGUUGAGGCCUUCUGUAGGGGGAAGAGCCCCAGACACACCGGGUUGACACCCAGGCUCACCACUUUGGACAUUUGCCCAAGGGCACCCUCGCUGGCUCUCCCCCUGCCACUGCGGGCCUCCGGGUGCUCUGUGAACACAGUUCUGUCCUAGAUAUCUUAGGAUCUACUUCUUUGCCUUCUUGUAGCCUUGGGCAAAUGUUUAACCACAAUGAUUAAUUGGCCAAUAAAGCACAUUUAACUUGGUCAUGA